AUGACCCGGCUGUACUCUCAAGUGAGCUGGCUGGGUCAGCAUAAUGCUGGCUUGGUGCUCCAGAACAUCGACGCCAACACCAAGAUGGCGGACCUGGGGGCACGCCAGCAGGCGCUAGAGGAGGAGCUGGCGCGGGCCGCUGGUGAGCAUGACAUCCAGAGGGCCGCAGCGGAGCAGAAGGCUCGGGAAGCCGAGGCACAAACCGCUGAGCUGCAGCGCACUAGGACGGCGCUCGAGCGGAGGGAAGCCGAACUCCAGCGCAAGGAGGCCGAGCUCCAAGACAAGGAGGCUGAGCUCCAGCGCCAGAAGAAUGCGGAGGCCGCCCUCAAGGAGAAGGAGAACUCCUUGUCUUUACUCGAGGAGGCCGCCUGGAUCCAGCGAGAAGAGCCGCAGAAGAACAUCGCAGAGCAGAGGCAGCAAGUGGCAGACGAGACUGCGGCGAAGGAGGCGGUCAACACCGCGCUCAUGGCGGCAAAGGCGGAGUACGCUGACCUGGAGCGAACCGCCUUGAGCGUGUGCCGGGAGCUCGAGGGGGAGGGUGUCAGGGUGUCGUCGGGGUACGUCAUUCCCAACGACGCCGAUGCGGAUGCCGCGUCAGCUAUCAUGGACGAUGCCGACGCAGCCGCCGAGGAGUUUGCCACUGCCUUAGCCGGGAAGCUCGAAGCUGACAUCCCCCCAAUAGCCGAGUUCGAUGCUGUUGCAGAUCCACAAAGGGGGAUGAUAACCUGUAGGGAAACUGGGCCUCAGAGCCCAUGUAAUGGAUUAGUACUUAUUGUAAUUACACUUUGUAUUUAUGAAUAA